AGUACAGGGGGCAAAGGGAGAUCAGGAUGACAGCUUUGAGCGUGUGCGUGAUACUACUGUGUCUGCUGCUGUCCACCCACGCCGCCCCGGCCCCUUCGGAGAAACAUGGCGGCUCUGACCUGAGAUGUCCUCUGACGGUGAAGAUCUUGGACGCGGUGAACGGGACCCCGGCUGGACCCAUGGCCCUCCGAGUGUUCAGGAGGGGCGCCGACGGGAACUGGGCCCUGGUCGCCUCUGGGGUGACGGAGGUGACCGGGGAGAUCCACGGCCUGAUCUCAGAGGAGCAGUUCACGGCCGGAGUGUACAGAGUGGAGUUUGACACGAAGGCCUACUGGAAGAGCAAAGGCAUCAUGGCUUUCCACGAGGUCGCCGACGUUGUGUUCGGGGCCCACGCCGAGGGUCAUCGUCACUACACUCUGGCUCUGCUGCUCAGCCCGUUCUCCUUCACCACCACGGCCCUCACCCUGGACGUGCACCAGUGACCUCUGUCCCAGCACCACACACAACAAC